AUGGUAAGUGACGUGAGGCGCGAUGCAGGGGAUCGCAGAGUGGGGUUUGAAAUGGGUGGAGUUGAGAAGGUUUUGGGUUAUGUUAUGAGCGAGUUGGAGAUGUUGGGGGUUCAAGGGGAAGGAGGUGAAGUUGGUGAGGAACCUCGAAAGGGUCUUAUGGUAACAGAGAAGAAUGAUUCUGCACUCUGCUCCUCCACCGAAGACACAGAAAUGGACGAGCAGGUAUCGACGAUGGCGAUGGACGUAGACGAUGUAGACUCUCUCGAGAUCUUUGCUAAGGGCGUCAUAGCAGCUGACCACAAACUCGCAGACGUCGAUUUCUUCAACAACCUCCAAGACGAUUUCGAUGAUUUAGACUUUUUUUUUCAUAAAUAA